AUGCCACCUUCAGUCGCUCCUCUUGACAAACCGUCCUCACCAACUUCGAAGAAACGCCCUGGUUCGCGACGUUUCAGUGGCAACGACAAGACUGACAACUCACCCACCCAGUUACAUUCACAUUCAUCAUCAUCACCGACGAGCCAUGGAUUAAGAGAGCGACGUUCAUCAAAUUUGAAGGCGAAGGACUCGAUGCCAGAUAUCCUUACCGGUGCAAAAGCACCCUCAAUAUCCAGCGAUGUGGAAAUGGCCAGUGAUAAUGAGGUUCCGGAUAUUGGAUCUUCGAGUCUUCAAAAUUCAGAAAAUGAGCAUACAAGAGAGUCAAGGAGUCCUGCCCCCGGUCGGAAACUAAGCCUGGCCCCAGGGACAAUACCGUUGUACGACCCGGCUGAGGAGGUGGAACGGCUUCGAGCCAUGAAUGCGCAAAUGCAAUUGAACCAGCAUCGCGAAAGACUGGCCAAGCAAUUGGAGGACAGAGAAGAGCUUCAAGGAAGAGUGACAGUGAGCGCUACUGGUCCCAAGGCACGAGUAUCCCCCAUUCAUGAAGAAACCAUAUCACCAUCAUUAGAGGCAGCAUUUGCUAGUCCGAUUCCAUCUGGUAUGGAAACGGCGUCGACAGAGUCUGUCAGGACCAUAAGGGGAGGUGAGACACCAGCUGCAUUACAUGCCAGAACUCCUUCGUACCCAUUUCCACCGAUGCGGACUCCGAGGCAACUUAGCUACAAUGGCCACCGCCCUUUUACCGCACUCUCACCAACAGUAAAUCCGGAAAAUUUUGCCGGUGGAUCCUUUUACGAUGGACCCCACGAUCAAGUUCUAUCAGGGCCAAUAACCCCCGUAUCAGGUCUCAAUUUUCAACCAGCAGGUUCACAAAUAUCGAAUCGUGAUUCCAUUUUUGAAACGCCAAAUCUUUAUGAUCUUAGUCUUAUGUUAUCUGCCGAACCUGGACUUGAUCCAUGGUGGUCGACGGUGGUAAAAAUUAUGAGAGAUGUCUACAAGGCUGACAGGGUAACGCUCUCUGUGCCUGCAGAUUCGACAGACAUUGAAAAUGUUCCCUGGGGACAAAAAGCAACUUUUAAUGCAGCAGAAGAGGAUGAAUUAAGUCUGGCCUAUUUGCCACGAGGUAGCAGUUUUAUACCCAGUAGCAGUGGUGACACACUUGACACUUCAGCUUCUGAAGGAUACGCGUCUGGUGACUCACCACCGGAAGCCAUCAUGACCCGACCUGGACUUCCCAGUAGACACUCAUUCACUAGCUAUGAGGCAACAAAGAGAGACCCAGCAUGCCUUCCCGAAACUGCCAGAAAUCUCACCGCACGACCUCCCGCUCUCACUCGCGCUAAAAGCUAUAUUUCUACUCGACCUGAUCAACCACCACGAACAGGCACACUUCAAAAGGCACAACUCAGUCUUCAAGCAUUAGAAGACCACAUGGCAUUUGAGGCCGAGAAACCCACUCCAAGUUGGGAAGAUGUUGAGCAAUCAAACAGAGAUGUGCAAGGACGUGUAUUCUCGGUUUUGCAAGCCUUAGAUUAUGAAGCUGAUCCAUUGAUUGAUAGUAGCGGUGUAUUGAGAGUUUUGGAGAAAGAAAGAGUCAUUGCAUUAACAAGAGAUUAUCCAUAUUUGAACAACCCGGCGGAUCAAGAAAAGGCACCUGAGGCCACUAUACUAAUCCUAGGAUCAAAAGCAGAUUCCCCGGAACGACUGAAAAAGGGUAAAGCAACAGAAGUGGGUGGGCAAGUUUCAUCCAUUUUUGGAACUAAGCACAAUAAACGAGCAAGUCGAAGUUUUCGCCUUCAACCUGGCGAAAAGGGCAAAAAUACACAGGAUUCAGCAGCACCUCCAUUACCACUUCCAAGAUAUGAAGAAUACGAACAAACUCCGCCAUCACCAUGGUCACAAUCUCCAGCUCCUUCUCCCGCUGUGAGGGUGGAAACAAACGAAAAUCCUUUCUUUGCGAACUCUACUGUAGACGAAGAAACAUUCAACCCAAAUCAAACACCUCAAGACUAUUCUAAGAUGCAACAGGUCGAGGCGAUUGGAGUCGAUAGAUCCUGGACUGUUCUACAUAUUCCCUUAACUCAUCCUUUACUUUCAAAGCCAGUACAAUCAUUUCGGUUAGACACUGCCGCGAUGGAAUCCAAAUCUGCAGGUCGUGGUAAAAAUGUUGAUCAGUUACCAAAAUACGCCGACUCUUCCAAGUUACAAGGGGCCGAACCAAUCAAGGAAAAGCGAGCCCCUAUUGCAAUUCUUUCAAUUCUCAGUCCUGUUAUUCCUUACCCAUCUAAUCUUAGACACUCUUUAGAGCAUCUCUCGCCACACAUGGCUACUUCAUUCUCCCUUUGUCGUCAUUAUUCCAAUCUUGAGACGGAGGUCGCAGGCUUGUCUCGAAAACGCCCGCACACUACAGGAUUUGGUGCUAUUGCUGCAGGAGGUCGACAAAUCCACGAUCAGUCUAUGGCAGCAAGCGGGAAUAUGGCUUACUCGCCGGCCGAGGAGGGUAUGCGUCAACAUUCGGGAGGAAGCAUGACAAGCCCGAGUGACUAUUCUGGCGUGUCUCGAAGUGCCAAUGCAUCCCCAAGUGGUACACCGUCCUGGGAUCCCAGUAGCGUAGGACUCACGCUGGAUAGAAGAUCCAGCGGUGACAGCCCCGGAUACGUCUCAAAUGAAGGAUAUUUCAGCUCAAGGAGGCCGAAUGUAAGUCGUAUGGACACGGGAGGAAGUAGCGUAGCGGGUAUUCGACGCUCGUCGAAAGAAACUUCGCCCGCUGAGACCCGGUCGGUACUACGAAAUCAGAGUGAUGAUCGACCUUGGGGACCAAGUGCUCCUUCACUUGAUGGUGGUGAUAAUUCGACCAAGACCAAACCUGAUGCAGAAGGUUCACCAUCAUCUAAUUUCUCCGGACUAGAAAUUCGCAACAAUAGAUCUAAAGAGACUAUAAAUGAAACUUCAGACAUCCGUGACCCAAGUCCUCCACGCCAAAACACCCACGAUUCACCGAGGCGGCAAGCAAUUAGAGGUGCUUCCUAUGGUGCUGGUAAGUCUGAUCGUCAGCACACACAACUACACUCAUACGGUGCCGACUUUGGUGCCACUUUCCAGUCAUUGCCAACAACGUCGGCUUCAUCUAUUAAAGCUCCCAAUGUACCCAAAUCUUCCCGCCAAGGAUUAUCAAAUGCCAGUUUACCUACAGACAUGCCACCGCCAUCAGAUCGACUGAAAGGCUUGAUGUUGGACUCUUUACCUGCGCAUGUGUUCGUCGCAUUGCCACAGACUGGAGAAAUAGUAUGGGUAAAUAGCCGAUAUCUUACAUAUCGCGGUCAAACCGUAUCCGAGUUGUAUCAAGAUCCAUGGAGCAGUAUUCAUCCCGAAGAAAGAGAGGAAUAUUUGAAAGCUUGGUCGCAUGCGGUGAAGACGGGUGAGCAAUUCUCUAUGCAGGUACGUAUUAGACGUUUUGACGGAAACUAUCGUUGGUUCUACACUCGUGCUGUUGGCUCCCGAGAUAUAAGAGGUGUGAUAGUUCAAUGGUACGGCUCUCAUAUGGAUAUCCACGACCAGCAUAUUGCAGAAGUCAAAGCUGCACGACAGGAGGAGAUAGAAGCAUCCGAGGCUAAGCACAGACAACUGGCAAAUUUAAUUCCUCAAAUCAUUUUCGCGGCAACGGAAGACGAGGGUGUAACCUUUGCAAACGAGCAAUGGCUUUCGUAUACCGGACAAGAUUUCAAUGAUGCCUUGGGACUUGGAUUUAUGGAUUAUGUUCACCCAGAGGAUCUUGCGAAGUGCCAAAUACCAAUUGGAAGACCGCCACCUCCAUCGACCAGACCAAAGAAACCAGCCGAGCCGAGAAGGAACCCAUCUCAUACAUCUUCGAGUGGUAAAUCAGGGCAAUCAUCUGAUCCCUCCGAAGCGCCAACCGAAAAGACUGUGAAAGGAAUUCACCAAACUUUGUCGCGAAACAAUAGCUCGAGUAGUAGUUCUGUAUAUGAAUUUGCCACAGCGGAUUUGUCUGAACUAGCGAGAACUGGAGUCAUUAAGGUCACCACCGAUGGCAACGGGAGACUGUCUUAUACCACUGAAGUUCGGUUGCGAUCGAAGACUGGAGAGUAUCGUUGGCACCUUGUACGAUGUGUGGAAGUUGACAACAUCAACCUCGGAAGUGGAGAUGGUUCCUGGUUUGGGGCUUGCACUGAUAUUAAUGACCACAAACUGCUGGAAACAAAGCUCAAAGAGGCCAUGGAAUCCAAGGGCAAAUUCUUAAGUAAUAUGUCUCACGAAAUCAGAACACCUUUGAUCGGUAUUUCUGGGAUGGUAAGCUUCCUUCAAGACACCACACUCAACGACGAACAGCUCGAUUAUACGAAUACAAUACAAUCUAGCGCAAGUAGUCUACUCAACAUUAUCAACGAUAUAUUGGAUCUUUCCAAGGUAGAUGCCGGUAUGAUGAAACUGUCAUACGAGUGGUUCCAUACACGUUCUCUAGUCGAGGAAGUCAAUGAAAUGGUUUCUACCAUGGCUAUUACUAAACGGCUUGAGCUUAAUUAUAUCGUCGACGUUGAUGUUCCUGAAAUGGUAAAGGGAGAUAAAUUCCGUAUUCGUCAAGUCUUACUGAACGUUAUUGGCAACGCGAUCAAAUUCACGACUGUUGGUGAAGUGUUCACUAGAUGCAGGGUAUACACGGAAGCUGAUACACCACCGUUGGUCAACGAAAUAAUGCUUGAGUAUUCUAUUGUGGACACGGGUAGAGGAUUCACGAAAGAAGAGGCGGAUCUCAUCUUCAAGCCUUUCAGUCAGAUUGAUGGCAGUAGUACAAGACAACAUGGUGGAAGUGGCUUAGGAUUGGUUAUUUCGAGACAACUGGUGCAGUUGCAUGAUGGCAAGAUGCAAGGUACUGCGGUGCCUGGUAAAGGAUCUACUUUCACUUUCACUGCAAAAUUCGGACUGCCCACUGCAGAAGAUCAUCCAGAACCACUCACAACACCCCAAUUGAGCAAGGUGCCAUCAUCAUCAUCGACACCCAACAAUAUAACAUCACAAAUUGCUGCCAAGCAGGCUUCAAGUAACCCACUCUUAGUUAGCAGGCUGUUGAAUUCGCCUGCAAUCUACAUGGACAGUCCAAAGACCGAAUCGAGUGCUGGUUCACCAGCUGUAUUGUCUUCCAAUAGCUCAGAGCCAUCUAGUUCUAGCUAUUCCGGUCGAACUCGUUUCACAGAUAGAUCUUCCGUUUCUUCUGUCAAUCAGAGCUUGGCCCAUUUUGGCGAGGCCGCUCGAUCAAGUACUCCUGAAAACAUGAAACUAGAGCUGCCCGAGAAGCACUCCCCUUCACCUUCAGCUUCACCGCUGCUUGAAUCUGCACCUUCAUCGAUUCCUGCAAAUCCCUCCUCGACCCUUCCAGAAUCACACACUAAACGUCCGAAUAAUGAAUUCUCACACGACUUGAAGCAUUUCCGACCUCCAAUGUACUCGAUUUUACUCAUUUGUCCGCAAACUCAUAGUCGCGAGGCGACGAGACAGCACAUCGAAAUUACUCUACCAAAAGACGUUCCUCAUCAAAUAACUCCACUUGCAAGUGUCGAGGAGGCCAGGAGUCUUAUUAGCGGAGAUGACUCUGUCAACUUUACACAUAUCGUCUUGAAUCUUGGUUCGGCAGAAGAAAUAGUACAGUUGAUUGAUCAACUCAUCGCAUCGGUGAUGUUGCCUCAGACCUCAAUCGUUGUCCUAUCAGAUCCUGUACAGAGACAAGAAGUCAUUAAGAUGGCUCAAUCAUACGACUACGAUCAAAUGGCUAAAGAUAAUCGUCUUACAUUCAUAUAUAAGCCUGUUAAACCGUCAAGAUUUGCAGUUAUCUUUGAUCCAGAUAAAGAGAGAGAUUUGAGUACUGAUCGUAAUCGUUCGAGUGCGCAACAACAAGUCGCCAGUCAGAAACAACAUUAUUUGGAUGUGGGUCAGCGCCUUGGAAACAAGGGACUUAAGAUUCUGUUAGUAGAAGACAAUUUGGUCAAUCAAAAAGUUCUCUUGAAGUUCUUGAGUAAAGUUGGAAUUGCGGUGGAAUUGGCAAUGGAUGGUGUGGAAUGUACAGAGAAAGUAUUCUGCAAACCGCAUGGAUUUUAUUCUUUGAUCUUGUGCGAUCUUCACAUGCCCCGAAAGGACGGUUACCAAACCUGUCGCGAAAUUCGCGAAUGGGAAAGCCAAAGAUCAACCACGAAAAUGCCAAUUAUCGCCUUGAGUGCAAAUGUAAUGGCGGAUGUGCUGGAGAAAUGUGUUCAGGCUGGCUUCAAUAGUUAUGUGACUAAACCCGUGGAUUUUAAAGAGUUGAGUAAGGCGAUGAGUUCCUUGCUUGAUCCGGAGGCGGGGGAUAUGGGCAGUGCGUUGAUGAAAGCGCCGAAGAAAGCGUCGUGA